AUGAUUAUUCGUUCGCCGGAACCAGAAGUGAAGAUUUUGGUGGAUAGGGAUCCCAUAAAAACUUCAUUCGAGGAAUGGGCCAGACCCGGCCAUUUCUCAAGGACAAUAGCUAAGGGCCCUGAUACUACCACUUGGAUCUGGAACCUACAUGCUGAUGCUCACGAUUUCGAUAGCCAUACCAAUGAUUUGGAGGAGAUCUCCCGAAAAGUAUUUAGUGCUCAUUUCGGUCAACUAUCCAUCAUCUUUCUUUGGUUGAGUGGCAUGUAUUUCCAUGGAGCCCGUUUUUCCAAUUAUGAAGCGUGGCUGAGCGACCCUACUCACAUCGGACCCAGUGCCCAGGUGGUUUGGCCGAUAGUGGGUCAAGAAAUAUUGAAUGGCGAUGUAGGCGGAGGUUUCCGAGGAAUACAAAUAACCUCUGGAUUUUUUCAGAUUUGGCGAGCGUCGGGAAUAACUAGUGAAUUACAACUUUAUUGUACUGCAAUUGGAGCAUUGAUCUUUGCAGCGUUAAUGCUUUUUGCCGGUUGGUUCCAUUAUCACAAAGCUGCUCCAAAAUUGGCUUGGUUCCAAGAUGUAGAAUCCAUGUUGAACCACCACUUAGCAGGGUUACUAGGACUUGGGUCUCUUUCUUGGGCAGGGCAUCAAGUACAUGUAUCUUUACCUAUUAACCAAUUUCUGAACGCUGGGGUGGAUCCUAAGGAAAUACCACUUCCUCAUGAAUUUAUCUUGAAUCGGGAUCUUUUGGCUCAACUUUAUCCCAGUUUUGCAGAGGGAGCAACCCCGUUUUUCACCCUGAAUUGGUCAAAAUACGCGGAAUUUCUUACUUUUCGUGGAGGGUUAGAUCCAGUAACAGGAGGUCUAUGGCUAACCGAUAUUGCACACCAUCAUUUGGCUAUUGCAAUUCUUUUCCUGAUAGCUGGUCACAUGUAUAAGACCAACUGGGGCAUUGGUCAUGACCUGAAAGAUAUUUUAGAGGCUCAUAAGGGUCCGUUUACAGGUGAGGGUCAUAAGGGCCUCUAUGAGAUCCUAACAACGUCAUGGCAUGCUCAAUUAGCUCUGAAUUUAGCUAUGUUAGGUUCUUUAACCAUUGUAGUAGCCCACCAUAUGUACUCUAUGCCCCCUUAUCCAUACCUAGCUACUGAUUAUGGUACACAACUUUCGUUGUUCACGCAUCACAUGUGGAUCGGUGGAUUUCUCAUAGUUGGUGCUGCUGCACAUGCAGCAAUUUUUAUGGUAAGAGACUAUGAUCCAACUACUCGAUACAACGAUCUAUUAGAUCGUGUCCUUAGGCACCGAGAUGCAAUCAUAUCACAUCUUAACUGGGUGUGUAUAUUUCUAGGCUUUCACAGUUUUGGCUUGUAUAUUCAUAAUGAUACUAUGAGCGCUUUGGGGCGUCCCCAAGAUAUGUUUUCAGAUACCGCUAUACAAUUACAACCUAUCUUUGCUCAAUGGAUACAAAACACUCAUGCUUUAGCACCUAGCGCAACAGCUCCUGGUGCAACAGCGGGCACCAGCUUGACUUGGGGGGGUGGUGAUUUAGUAGCAGUAGGCGGCAAAGUAGCUUUGUUACCUAUUCCACUGGGAACCGCAGAUUUUUUGGUACAUCACAUUCAUGCAUUUACGAUCCAUGUAACUGUAUUGAUACUACUGAAAGGUGUUCUAUUUGCCCGCAGUUCUCGUUUGAUACCUGAUAAAGCAAAUCUUGGUUUUCGUUUCCCUUGUGACGGACCCGGAAGAGGGGGAACAUGCCAAGUCUCCGCCUGGGAUCAUGUCUUCCUAGGUCUAUUCUGGAUGUACAAUGCGAUUUCGGUAGUAAUUUUCCAUUUCAGCUGGAAGAUGCAGUCAGAUGUUUGGGGUAGUAUAAGUGAUCAAGGGGUGGUAACUCAUAUCACGGGGGGAAACUUUGCACAGAGUUCCAUUACAAUUAAUGGGUGGCUAAGAGAUUUUUUAUGGGCACAGUCCUCCCAAGUAAUCCAGUCUUAUGGCUCUUCAUUAUCCGCCUAUGGUCUUUUCUUCUUAGGUGCUCAUUUUGUCUGGGCCUUCAGUUUAAUGUUUCUAUUUAGCGGUCGUGGUUAUUGGCAAGAACUCAUUGAAUCCAUCGUCUGGGCUCAUAACAAAUUAAAAGUUGCUCCUGCUACUCAGCCUAGAGCCUUGAGCAUUAUACAAGGACGCGCUGUAGGAGUAACCCAUUACCUUCUGGGUGGAAUUGCCACAACAUGGGCAUUCUUCUUAGCAAGAAUUAUUUCAGUAGGAUAA